AUGGAAGCAAGGGAAGGUUCUAUCGAUGCAGAGGUUGAUUCAAUUGCAUCUACAUUGGGGGAACACAAAAAUAAAAUAUAUUACAAUGAAGGAGGUAGUAGUAAUAGUGGGGUCGGGGACAAUUUGAGGGAAAAUGAAAACAGUAGUACGAGAAAUGACCAAAUGAAUAAUGAAAACCAAAUGAAUGAAGGAAAUAACGAUUAUGAUUGUGGUGUAAAUAAUAUACACAAUUACGAAUCAUUUAAUAGUGCAAGUUAUCAACCAAACACUAGUGCAGCUAAUGUUGUUACUAGCAGUUCCGGUGUCACAUGCACCGAUAGUAAUAUCAUGAUAGAUUCUGUAAAGAAUCAGGUUUACAAUAAUAUAAACAAUUCUUGCAGCAGGAAUUACAGUGCUGACAAGGGAACCAACAUUUACGACCCUACCAGUGAAAAUAAAAACAUCUCCGCUGUUGAAAGCACAAGGAACUUUUAUCCAUAUAAGGAAGGUUUUCUUGAUAAGCCUGAGAUGAAUAAUAUGAAUGGCAAGAAUUUUGCCCUUCCAUAUAGUAAAAAUGUGAAUACAAGUGAUGCAAAUUUAAACAAUAAUGGUAGCAGCCAAAGUAGCAGCCAAAUUAACAGCCAAAGUAACUACCAGAGUAACCAAUAUGAAACUAACAAAAAUGCAAAGGCAUCUAGGAAUCGAUUCAACUAUUUUAACAAAAGUGAGAUGAAGAAUAGUAUGGCAAAACAAAACAUUAGACAAGAGAAUAAGAAUAAUGGCAUUGAUGGAGGUGGUACAUCCGUUGAUGAUAACACUAUCUCUUAUGAAAAUGAAAUCAGCAAUGAGGAUGAGCAACAAAGACCAUUCUCACUAUACAACCGCAAGAACCCAUACGGUCAGGUUAAUCAACUGAAUGAAUAUUACCAUCGAAAUGAUGAAAAUGAAAAUGAAAAUAAUGAGACAAGGGAUAUGUUUAAUACACCAAAUGAAGAAGGAUUUUAUGAGGAUUAUCACACAAGAAAUAAUCAAGGGAAAAAUAAAGUUCAUUUUAAAAAUCUGUGCGAAAAUAGAAAAAGAAGAAAAAAUAGAAAACUUUAUGGGAAUUUAAGCACUGAUAAAGAAAAUAAGGUCAAGGGAAAAAAGCAUAUAAGUGGAAAUGGUGAUUCGGGUAUGGAACAACUAGAGCAUGAAGUUGGUAAUAAUAAUGAUGAUAGCAAUAAUGACAACAAUAAUGAUAGCAAUAAUGACAACAAUAAUGAUAACAAUAAUGAUAACAAUAAUGAUAACAAUAAUGAUAGCAAUAAUGACAACAAUAAUGAUAACAAUAAUGAUAACAAUAAUGACAACAAUAAUGAUAACAAUAAUGAUAACAAUAAUGAUGACUCGUUCAGAGUAAGCACUAGUGUGCCGCUCGAGGGAGAAAAAGAAUCAGACGUGAAAAUCAUGAAUAGCCAAAUUAUGGUAAAAGAAAUGCCACAUUCAAAUAACAACAUACACAUGAAUCGAAAUGAUAAAAUUAUUGUAAAUGUAAACUAUAACAAUAAUGGAAAAAAAAGAAAAAAUGUGAAAUUUGACACAAGCACAUUUUAUAAACACAAGCAGAAAAGAAAUUAUUAUAAAUUUUUUAACGACUCGUUAAAAAGGUACAGUAACAAUUCCUUAAAAAUAGUCAAUAGAAAUGUAAAAACAAACAACGAUUCGUCUUCUUAUGCCAAUAAGGAGAGUGAAAAAGUACACAUGUUUUUGGGUAGGAAUAUGAUAAAGACGAGCAGUAACCAUUUGGACGUAGAUGAGAACGAUAAGGAUGAAGUUUCAGCAACAAUGAAUGAUGCAACAGUGAAUGUUGUAACAACGAAUGCUGUAACAACGAAUGCUGUAACAACGAAUAAUGCAAUGAAUGCAACAAGCAAGGACAUAGCCAGCGAUACAUCAGACGUGGUAGCUGGGGGAGUAAUUAAACCAAGUGGCAGAAACAGUAAUGCAAAUAAUUUAUACACAAACAUGAAAAAAAAAUCGUUUAAUAAUAUGACCUUUUCGUUAAAUAAAUACCUUAAUUCUUAUGUAAAUUUUGAUAGAAUUAAAAGCAAAAAAACGAACAAUGGAAAUAGUAUCAACAAAGACAAGAUAGAAAAUAUGUGCAAGGAUGCAAGCACAGUGGGCAUCACAUCUGUGGUGAGUGGAAACAGCACAAACGUUUCUAUCGGAUCUAACAAUGUUGUCAGUAGGAACAAUAUAGACAACACGCAUGAAAACUGGUUGAUGAAUCCAAACCAGAAAAUAUAUGAUGAAUCAUUGGACACGUAUAGAAAGGGGGAAAACGAAUUUUCGCAAUCCAAUCAUACAAGCAUAGGAAACAUUAACAAAUUUAAUGCUUGCACACAAAAUCUUAACUUGGAACUAUUGAAAAAUUUAAGAAAUAAUAUUCAGAACGAAUUGAAUGCUAAUAACAAUGCAACAAAGGAGAGUUUCACUGUAGAACCGAAUCUUAGAGAAAUGAAGAUGCAUAAAAUGAAACACAAAUGUCCCAGUUAUAUUGAAUAUUUGAGUGAUGUUUCAGAAAUUAGUGAUGAAGCUGAUUCGCAGGAGGAGGUACAAGUCCAUAAUGACGAUUACUUGGGUACAGAUAGGAACAGCGUCCACAAGUGGAGUAAUAGUAGGAUAGAAAUGAAAACAGCAGCAUCUAUGCAUGGGAUCAACACUGUAACAGCUACAUCUGCUGCAACAUCUGGUUCAGCUGCCUCACCCCUUGGAUGCGAAUCAAACAUGGGCCUUUAUAGAAAUAGUAAUUCGGAUUUAAUGAAAACCUCCUUAUACAAUUUAUAUAAUCAGAGCAAAGGAAUGGAUGCCAAUUCUAAUACCUAUGGUAAUACCAACAUGACAGAUUCAUUUUCGAACAGUGGAGGUAAUUCAACAGUUACUUACUCGAAACAGAUGACCAUUAGAAAUGAUUUAAAAUAUUAUCAAGAAGUGAAUGGAAUUUCAAACGUGUUCCAUCAAGACAUAAUAAAAAAUAAAGAUAAUACAUAUAAGGAAGAUAUUAUAAAUUAUCAUUACAAAGGUGAUAUGGUUCCAUCCCAUUUUACUAUGAACAGCAAUAUGAUGAGUUAUUGUCAUCCAUAUGAUAUCAAUCGAAAAACUCCAGAUGCACAGAUGGAUACCCAGUAUACAGAUUAUCUACGGAUGAAUGGGAAGAAUUGUUUUAAUGAAUCUAAUGUGAAUAUACAUAUAAAGGAAGAGAUGAAGAAUAAAGAACGAUUAGGUGAUAAAGAAUUUCAAAAUGAAAUUGAACCAAGUGAAAAUUACCUUACUUAUCGUGAUGAUACUAAUAUUAGUGCAAAAUCGGAUAAUAGAGGAGAAGAAAAAGUUACAUCUUCUGUAAAACAAAAUAGAGUUGAUAUGAAUAAUGAAUCUGAGGAGGAUGACAAAAUGGAUGAAUUUUCUCAAAUAGGAAAUGAAGAUAUGUUCAUAAAUUCCUAUAUGCCAUAUCCACCAGAAAAGUAUAACAAUAUAUACGAAUUACAUGAAAUUAAAAUUCUCUCUCCGCAUGUAUUAAAAACAAAAUUUCGAAAAGAAGGGGGAAAUAGUUAUCACUCAUCACUGAAAGAUGGAAAAUUAAUUUUGUUACUUGAUUUAGAUAAUACAUUAUUACAAGCUACUUCAUUUGCUAAAUUUAACAUGGAAUUACCGUUAGAAAAUUUUUUAGAUGAAAAUGGAGAACCCGAAUUAUAUAAAUUUUUUUUACCAUAUUAUAACUUUUUUUAUUAUUUAAAAUUUAGACCAUAUGUACGUCAAUUUUUACAGAUUUUAUCAUUAUACUAUGAAUUAUCGAUAUAUACAAAUGCAACAAGAGAAUAUGCAGAUGUAGUUAUUGCUAUUCUUGAUCCUGAUAGAACCCUUUUUGCAGAUAGAAUUGUUGCUAGAUGUAGUUCUGCAGAUAGAGAAGAAAAUAAAAAUUUUUCCAAAAUUUAUCCAAAUGUAGAUGCUAAAUAUGUAAUUGCUUUUGAUGAUAGAAAAGAUGUAUGGAUAGAUAUUCCUCAUUCUCAUAUUUUAAAAGCUGAACAUUAUAAUUUUUUUGAAUUAAGUAAAUAUGAUAUUAUUUCUCAUUUUAAAGAACCAACGACUUGCAAAAAAAGAUUUGUAGAUAUGGAUAUGCACCUACAUUUUAUGACAAAAGUUUUUUUAAAAUUACAUAAACAGUUUUUUGAAAGACCGUUAGAAGUAGAUGUAGGAAAAUUAAUUGAUAAUAUUAUGCUAAAUACAUUAAGUAAUGUUGGUGUGUACUUUACAGGUUUUAGAAAAAAUUCCAAAAAUUCGCAAAAUGUAUUAUCAUCAGAUUGUGAAGAUAGACAAAAAGAAAUAGCAUUAGAAUUAGGAGCAAAAAUUUAUUCGAAUUAUGAUCUCCCUGGUGUUACACACAUUAUUGCUGCCAAAAAUUGUACAGAUAAUUUAAUCAAAUCAAAGAAAUCGAAUUAUAAUCAUAUACAGAAAGUACAUACCUUGUGGUUAUAUCAUUGUAGAGGUACUCUACAAAGUGGAAAUUCUUCCUAUUUUGAUGCUGAUGAAUUAUGCAAAAUUUAUAAUAACAAACCUCCAUUGCAUCCAAAAAAAGAUCAUUGGUUUUUUGGAAAUAAAGACGAAAUGAGGAAACAAGAUGAUGACAGUGAAUGUGUUAAAAUUGAAAACCUUAAAUCAAGAAUUUUCCUUGGAACUGGUGAAUACACUAAUGACGCUGUUAUUUGUUCCCCACUCGAGCAAAUUAACAUCAAAUGGAUUGAAAAGGAAGUUAAGUUAAGGCAAAUCUAUGACACUGUUGCUUCUAGUACUGUUAUGCCCAUGACUGAUAUGUCUCCUGAUGGUGGUGCUGGAUACGACACAACAAAUGAUAAGGACACAAAUGAUGAGAAAAAUCCACACAGUGACAGGAGCCCACUAGGUGAAUAUUUUGACGCUGACGAUAAUUUUUCCUAUGAAGAAAGUAAUAUGGAGGAACAGGAACGAGAAGAAGGAAAAAAUGAUUAA